UUUACAUUUUGGACGAGCUCCAAGUGAUGACCUUCGGUUAAAAAUUUUCACUCAAAAGACAGAUGUUUGCGAUGUUCAUACCGAUAUUUGGCGGUUAUUUCUGUAUCUCUUGGUUCUUUUUACGAUUCCCGAAUCUCCUUCAUCGAAAGAAAGAAAGGAAAUUUACAUGCAAGCAUAUAAGUCAUCGGGGAGGUGCUGGGGAGAAUAUAGAAAACACAAUGACGGCAUAUCACCAUGCUGUGCAUUCUGGAACUGAAAUGUUAGAAUUGGAUGUGCAUCUUACUGCAGAUGGACAGGUAGUCGUGACCCAUGACAAUGAUCUUGGAAGAAUAUGUGGGGUUCGCAAGAAGAUUUGUGAAACCAAUUACGAGGAUCUUCCAAGUUUAUUACCUGUGCUUGAUGUCACAUUUCAACCAGGUAAAAAAGCAGUGGGAAAGAACACGAGUGAAAAAAUACCACUUCUGGAGUCAGUGUUCAAGGCAUUUCCUGAACAUCCAAUAAAUGUUGAUAUCAAGGAUAACAAUGAUGAACUCAUAGACAAGGUUCACCAGUUAAUAGUGGAUUAUAACCGAAAAGAUAAAACUGUUUGGGGAACCUUUAGUGAUGAAGUUAAUAGCAAACUUUAUAAAAAGGAUCCAGAAAUUUCAUUAUUGUUUGGCAUUUGGCGCUGUGUGUCCCUUGUUGCCAUGUAUUAUCUUGGCAUUUUACCAUUUGUCCCGUUAAAGGAGGGUUUCUUAGAGAUCUUAUUACCUUCUACCUUACUCAAGCGAGAUCUUACCAACAACCAAAGAAUGAUUGUUAGAAUAGUUGACUGGUUCAUUAUGAAUCCUUCCCUAAUAAAACACCUAGAAAGAAGAGGGAUACAGACCUACCUCUGGGUUUUAAAUGAAGACGAAGAGUUCACUAGAGCCUUUGAGCAUCUUGGUGCUACUGGUGUAAUGACAGACUACCCUAGUAAACUCACAGAUUACUUGGAAAGGACAACGAAUGAUAAAAAUAAUUAGAUAUGAAUUUAGACCAUUUUCCUAUUCUUACCUGUAAAUUGACAUUUGUUAUUUUAUUAUUAUGUACUGUACGAAUUGAAGCUAAUUCACAAGUUGAAGGGUUCAAUAAUAUAUUUAGAAUAAAAGGGGGGCU